AUGUCGGAUUCCAGCGACGAUCCCAACCUAAUUUCCACGCCCCUCGAAAGAACGACCUCUCUCGAUGAAGAGCCCAAACAGCCAUCCAACAUCCCCAAUGCGCUGGAUCACGCCUUGCGCUCCAUCGACUUGGCUUCUAAUGAUAAUGACAAAACAACAACACACUUUACAAGCAAAGAUGUCAAGUACCUCUUCUCCGGCGCGCCGCAUUUCAUGCUCGAAAAAGGACGGCAUAAUCACUGGUACCCGCACGCGCUGUUCCCCUGGGAUGUCGGCGCUGUGAGUAUCCAGGAUUUCUGGGACAGAGAGGCGAUGCGGCAUGAAGCGUUUACGCUGGGGACGCUGCAUGCGCAUCUCCCGGUUCCGGGGGUGCAUCACGAAACGGAAAGGGAAGAAGCAGAGGCAAAAGAAGCAAAAGGGGCCAAAAGAUCGACCUUUGAUCUCGGCAUUUUCGAAGUCCCGAAUAUGCUCUCCAUGAACGGCAAAGAGCGUGGUGCCGUUGGGAUCCGCCAUUUUCUGGAGCUACCGAUUGCUGAUGAGCGGCGGUAUCGUGCUAAAUCUCCAAAGGCUGGAGACGGGGUGGAUCAUCAAGCGCUAAACAAUAUGCACAUAACGCAGGCGUUUGAAAAGCUGGAGCAUAUGCGCGAUGCGUAUUCCGAGUGCAACCAGGAUGCUGUUUUCGACCGGCGCAGGGUGUUGAGUCAAGGGCCCGAGGCGUGGAAGCGCAUUGGCGUGCGCGAUGUACAUAUCAAGAAGAUUGUCGAGCGGCUGAUCGAGCUGUCAGAGUUUCGCACAGGGGCGCUGGAGAAGAACAAGAAUAUGACGAUCCUCGACAAGGAGCCAGUGGCAACCCUGCACGAACAGCUGUAUACACAUGUGUUGUACCCUCCGCCCAAGUGCUGGGGCCAUCAUCACGGAAAGAAACAGGAUGAAGAAAACCUGAAAAGCCAGAUUGAAGUUCUCACAAAGGUCUUGGCUGUCAAGGGCGCUUGGCUAGAUUUCAGUAUUCCGGACUCGCGACUUCGAGUAGGGCAGGUAUUGUGGGAAAUGCCAGCUGACCCUACGAGUCAAAAAGACCACCAGUCCUCGUCAAAAGGGAAAACCGAUGCAGAGAGAAAAUGGCUUCUUCUGCAGCUCCUCCUCGCGGGCGAACUGCUCAUGCGACUCGAUGCGAUUGUGCGACUGGCCGUGCUGAAACCAUCCAAAAAUAUCUCAGUCUCAUCACAGGACGUGCGCGAUCUAGACAAGCUGCGACAUGGAAAAGUCAACUGGGACGUACUUUUGGUGCAGCGGUUCAUGGACAAUCUGAAACCGAAAUAUUGUCCUUCAACAAAAUCCUCGCCUUCGCCGCCGCAAGAAAAGGCCAAACGCGGGCUUCUCGCCAAGUUUGGCAGACGCCAAUCACAAAAACCCACACAGUCUCUGGCAGACUCAGACUCGAACUCUGCAUGGGACUGUAUCUUUACGCCGCACCAUGCUGAGAGACAGCUCCAGGGUCUAUCUGUGUUUGCCGCUGGGAUCGACUGGCCAAAUCGUGAUACCAUCAUCGGCGAGAUACGAGCACAAAUCAACAAAGACACUUACAACACGCCUCUCACAAACCACCAGCAACAAGAAAACAGAAAACAAGAAACACUAGCUCCUCAAUACGUCCUCCUCCGUCACGAGCCGUCUUCCUCUGAAUUUAAGUCUGGCUGGCUCUCGCGCGCAUGGCUCACCGGCUUCGUCCUCCCCGGCAACAGCAUCAAUGCGCUGCUAAUGGCCAGCAUUCUCGAAAACGAUCCCUCUGCACUAUCUGCCAUUGGAUCGCUGGCAAAUCUCCAAGGAGGGUUCAGCUACAUGGGCGCCAGCUGGUGGAGCACAAAAUGCAUUGCUGGCAGGGUCCUCGCGGCGGCGGAUGAGUCCAAGGUGUGCAUGGGCUGGGUGAAAGUCAGCAAGGAGAAGCUGACUCCGCGGGAUCAAGCAUCCGGCGCCGAGUUCGGGGAUACUUGGUUCUCGGUUGCUGUGCGAGAUGUGAAGAAGAGCUCGUGUCCGCGCAUUCGUCAGGGGCCAAAGCUUGCCAUUGAGUCGCAUCCCUUGGGACAUGGUGAGGUGUCCGGCAGCACGUUCACGAUCCCUGUCGACCAGCAACAGCAGCAUGGAUUCGCAGUCACAAUCAACAGUUUUGACCUGGCAGUCUCGGAAUCGUCGUCAGAUCAUAAAAUAGUCUCGGCGAGACAGGCGUCGAUAUCGUUCAGUCUGACAGAAGAGACAGCUGCAACACCGAUCUCGCUUUGCAUGCCCCUAACGUAUAAUAUCCACUUCAUUUCAUCGUUCCCAUGCCGCCCACCGCGAGGAUCAGUGCAUCAUCAUUCCUUUUCGGCGGAUACUGCGUCUGAAACGGAAAAAGAAACUGCUGCAAAUCAUCACAAUCUUCCCGGCCAUCCCCUGCACACCUCGUAUUCGUACAAGCACAUACCUCUAUCCUCGCUCCGCCCAGAUACCGCUCCUCCCCCUGAACGAAAUUCAGAGCCCGUCUGGAUCCUGGACGCGCGGUGCAGUCGCGACCACGAGGUGUUUGCGCGCGCGUGGUGUGCAGCAGUGGGCGUGGAUGCGGUGGUUGGGCGCGUGGGACGCAGUUGUCUGGCGUGUUGUGUGCGAGAAGCGCGGGCGGUCGAGGCUGCGGUGGUUAUUCGGGUCAGUGUACAUAAUAAUAAAUAA